GGGGGGAGGGCGCGCACGCGCGCGGGGGGGGAACCAGAAGGGGGCCCCCUUCGGUCCCGCGCGCUGCCUUGGCCAAGAUGGCGGCGGGGACGGCAUCGGCGGCCGUGGCCCGGUUAGAGGGCCGCGAGUUCGAAUACCUCAUGAAAAAGCGCUCAGUAACCAUCGGCCGCAACUCCUCGCAGGGCUCGGUGGACGUAAGCAUGGGCCACUCCAGUUUCAUCUCCCGGCGGCACCUGGAGAUUUUCACUGCCCCGCCCGCUCAGGCCCAGGUCCCUGCCAACAGCGGUGGCGGCCCCGCCUCGACCCUCACCGGCGACGGGACCGGGACUCAGUCGCCGCCUGUUGCCGCCAGUGCUUCGUCUGGCAGUGGUGAUUUCUACCUGCGUUGCCUGGGCAAGAACGGCGUCUUCGUGGACGGAGUGUUCCAGCGCCGGGGGGCGCCACCGUUGCAGCUGCCCCGCGUAUGUACAUUCAGGUUUCCCAGCACAAACAUCAAGAUAACAUUUACAGCUUUAUCCAAUGAAAAGAGAGAAAAACAGGAGUCCCCACAGUCCCCAGUGAAACCUGUACAACCCCAGAUUUCUCCCCUAACAAUAAACAUUCCAGACAACAUGGCUCACUUGAUCAGCCCUCUCCCCUCUCCCACAGGAACCAUCAGUGCUGCAAAUUCCUGCCCAUCUAGUCCUCGUGGUGCAGGUUCUUCAGGGUACAAAAUGGGUCGUGUAAUACCAUCUGACUUACAUCUUAUGGCUGACAAUUCACAGUCAGAAAAUGAUAAAGAAGCAUCUGGUGGAGAUAGCCCAAAGGAUGAUUCAAAGCCUCCUUAUUCCUAUGCACAACUAAUUGUACAAGCAAUUACAAUGGCUCCUGAUAAGCAACUUACACUAAAUGGAAUUUAUACGCACAUAACUAAAAAUUAUCCUUACUACAGGACAGCAGACAAGGGCUGGCAGAAUUCAAUACGUCACAAUCUCUCUCUGAAUCGUUAUUUCAUCAAAGUACCACGUUCCCAGGAAGAACCAGGCAAGGGUUCCUUCUGGAGGAUAGAUCCUGCCUCUGAAAGCAAAUUAAUAGAACAGGCUUUUAGAAAAAGGCGGCCAAGGGGAGUACCUUGCUUUAGAACCCCACUGGGACCUCUUUCUUCUAGAAGUGCCCCAGCUUCUCCUAAUCAUUCUGGAGUAUUAUCUGCUCAUUCGAGUGGUGUGCAAACCCCAGAAAGUCUGUCAAGGGAAGGGUCACCUGUCCCAAUGGAGCCUGAGCCAAGCAGUAUCCAGCCAAAAUUAGCAGUAAUACAAGAAGCACGAUUUGCACAGAGUGCCCCAGGAUCUCCCCUAUCUAGCCAACCUGUUUUAAUUACUGUACAGAGGCAGCUGCCACAAACUAUGAAACCUGUCACAUACACUGUUGCAACUCCUGUGACAACAUCAACGUCCCAGCAGCCUGUAGUACAGACGGUUCAUGUUGUUCAUCAAAUCCCAGCUGUAUCUGUCACAAAUGUGACUGGAUUAGCACCAGCAAAUACUUAUACUGUAGCUGGGCAAGCAGUGGUUACACAAGCUGCAGUGAUGGCCCAGCCUAAAGGAGAACCUCAAGAGAAUGGAGAUCACAAUGAAAUGAAAGUUAAAGUGGAACCUGUACCCGCAGUUAGCCAUACAACUCUAGGAGCUGCCAGUCGCAUCAUUCAGACAUCUCAGACUACACCGUUACAAACGGUUACUCUAGUACAACAAGCACCUCUAGGUCAACACCAGCUACCAAUAAAAACUGUAACGCAAAAUGGAACACACAUAGUACCUAUCACCACAGCAAUGCAGAGUCAGGCUAACACUGCUGCUGCAAGUCCAUUACACAUGUUAGCAACUCAUGCAUCUGCAUCCGCCUCUCUUCCAACGAAACGUCAGAAUGGAGAUCAGUCUGAACAGCAAGACUUAAAACGGAUCAAAACGGAGGAUGGGGAGAACAUAGUCAUAGCUGUGAAUGUUGAAACCCCACCUGUGGCAGUGAGUGAACAAAGCAACAAGAACUAGGAAUGUGGAGGAAUAAGUCUUUUAAAAACAAUGGUCCUUGGUGCCAAAAUGAGACCUUUAAACAUCUAAACUGUUGAACAUGUUCUCUCAUGGCGGGGAAAGGGGCCCUGUGACUUCAUCUUUCAGCACUGAGAAACACAGGUGGCCUUAGAACUCCUUAAUUUAAAAAAAAAAAAAGUCUAAAAGAUCCUAGUCCGGAGGCUGUGACCCCUCCCCCUUCCAUUUCUCCUUGCUGUUCCGAAGACUCUUUAUACAUACAUAUACAUUGAGAGGAAAAAGUUGGGGAAGAUAGCAACUUUAAAACCUAUUUUAAAGAUUGAAUAUUGGAAUAUAUCCCAGCAUGAAAAGUUCUUCGCGUGAUUGGAUUUCAAAUGAUUGUAUAUUCCUCAAAGGGAACAGAGGCAAGGAGCCAUUUCCAACAUCUUGGCAGCUAGCCUUUCAUAAUGACCUACCCAAUGCAGUUGUUGGUAGAUAUGCAGUAUUUUGUUGUUCACAUGUGGAAUUAGAAAUUUUUGAUGUGUACUUUCAUUUUUUUUUCAAAAUAAUGGGGUCUUUGACAUUUCAGAUCACUCCAUUUCUACUCCAGAAACUUUGGAAUCACAUACUACUUUUCAUGUGAAAUUUUGUUUGGUAAAACCGAAUGUAGGGUUUUUUAACCAAUGGAAUGAUUUAAUUUUGUCCUGUUAAAGUUCAGAUAAAGCUAAUUUGUUACAUCUGCAAAUUUUCAUAUUUUAGCAGUUGCCUGAUAAACUUAAUCAAAUUUUAUUACCUUGUGUAGUGAUCAAAUGCUUCUUUGGGCUUGCAUGUUACUGAUUAGAAAUACAGUGUAAAUGAACUGUUAACUGACGUAAAGAACUGCUAUGAAUUUGACCAGAACUGCACUUAUCUGUUUCUCUUUCUUGCUAUCUUUUGCUGUUUGUUACUUUGUGUUGACUUUGUCCCUGGCAAAUUUUUUCAGUCUAAAGUAAAGAGUCUCGCAUAAUAUUGUGUAUGUUUAAAAUGACAGACUGUUCAUUUAGAAAAAAAAUCUUUAUCACAUGUCCUUUUAAAAAGAUAAAAAUAUCUUGUCAGAGAUAUAUUGAAUAUUUUUAAGCUAAGAAUCCACCAAUAGAAAUAUAACUUAAUGAGUUUAACUUUUGAUGUCCUACAGAGACCUUCUGGGGUCAUUAAAGAGUGGCCACUGUAGUUUUCUAACAGUGGUUACUAUAGUAUAAUGAAAUAGUUUUUCUUUUAUAUGUGUUUGACAGUUUGAAUAUUUUAAAGGUUUCUUCUCCAAGUUGUGAAAGAAGAAUUCAUGUUUUGUUACUGAACUAAACUAACAGCUGAGACUGUUCUUUUGUCCAGUUCUCAUAGUUUCUUGUCCCUUUCACAUAUUUAAGGUGAGUUAAAGGUGAAGACUGGGCUUUAACCUUUGAUUUGUCUUACGCUUUUUUUUUCUUUUUGGGCUAUAAUUUAUAUGUUUUUAUCAUUUCAAGAAGAAUCUGUAUUUUGAUGAUGGACUGAAAUGGCUUGGAAUGGCUUACAAUUUUAGUCAGUUUUUGAAAAUGUUUUAUCAGAAGACCAAAUAUGAGAAAUCUGUACCAAGUAUCAUGUUAUCCCACACGGUAGAGCUGCUGUUACACUGUCAAUGAAGAUAAUACAUAUUAAACAGAUUAUGAAAAAUUGAUGUACACUAGCUGGAUUUAUAACAGCCACUAUAGGCUGGGUGAAGCAAAACAUUUUCUGUAUCUGCAGCAUUCUACUUUUUGUGCUGUGGUCAUCUAAUUAAGAAGUAAUGAUAUUGCAUUAUUAAUAAAACAUUUGGUUAUAAAA